GUUGUCUGUUUUCAGUGUUCCCCAACAAUGGAUUGCUCUUUCUUUUUCAAGCUCCUUUGUUUCUUCCUACUUUUAGUUGGCAUGUCAGCAGCUGUUGUUGCGGAUGAUCGUAGGACAUACAUCAUCCACGUGGACAAAUCAGCUAUGCCUUCUCCUUUCCCAGAUCAUCAUAGUUGUGCAGUGCUGUCUCAGUCCCAACUUGAUCAGCUGGAGAAAAUGCCUGGUCACGUUGCCACGUACCCAGAAACCUUUGGAAAGCUUCAGACUACACAUACCCCGAAGUUUCUCGGCCUGGAACCAAAUGUUGGGUUAUGGCCCGCAGCCAAUUUUGGGGAUGAUAUGAUCGUCGGCGUUAUUGACACUGGAAUUUGGCCGGAGAGUGAGAGUUUCAGAGAUGAUGAAAUGCCCCCUGUUCCAGAGAGAUGGCGCGGUUCUUGUGAGUCUGGUGUGGAGUUCAACUCUUCUAACUGUAACCGGAAACUCAUCGGAGCACGCUCGUUCAGUGAAGGGAUGAAGGAAGCAGGCUUGAACAUCUCCACAAGGGACGACUACGAUUCUCCGAGGGAUUAUUGUUAA